AUGGGGAAUGCCGCUUUAUGGGUAUUCAUAAUCUUUGUUCUUAUCCUGAUCAUUCUCAUCCUUCUGUAUAUUCGGUGGAGACAUUCAAAGAGUGAACUGAAUUAUACAAAAUGGGUUAAUGAUAGGUUACAUCAGCAAUUUUUGUCAAUGACCGCCCCGCUAAUCGAUAUAUAUUCGAAGCAUGGGAUCGAGACGAAUAUUUCGUUUUCAGUGUUUUGCGCGCAAAAUAUGCAGUAUUCGAUAGAGUUUCCCAACAAUUGGAGUGUUAACAACAAUUUGGGAGAUUAUGUCAAUGCAGAAGUAUCGUUCUGUCCUCCUUCAUCGGAGGGGGGCGUUCACGAGCUAACCAUAACUGUCGAUGACCUUUCGUAUACUAACUACACGUCAAAGUCCUUUUUAGAAAAGGUAAACACUGAUUCGUUGUGUUUAUGUGUAGAUCGUUACUUCGUUGUCUUCAUCCAAUCAGAUUUUUGCUAUUCGAAGACCAAUGCAAAUAUUUACCUACACAUGUUCACGCAAUGGCCGAAAUACCACUGUGCUGAUCAUCGUAUUUGUCGAGAACAAAAAGGGAUAUACUAUAACUUAUGUUUGUGCCUCGUUUUUAUACCGCCAGCUCAGAGACAUCGCAUUCCGCAUGGUGAACUCGUUCACAAUUUUGAAUUCAGAAGAAGACUCCGUGCGAUUCCUUCUCCCUUUUAUUCUAUCCUAGAAAAUUCACGUCGCUACCUUCAGCAAUCCCAUCGCCAUUCGAUGGUCCCGGUUUUAUCUUCGAAGCUGCUCUGUCCAAGUUCCGUCGCACUGGGAAACCUCCAUCACCGAAUCUCGCUUCUUUUUGAAGAGCGUGUGCAGUCGAUACGAGGAUCAUUUCUUCUCCAUCACAGCGCUCGUCGUCGAUUUCAAGCAAGCGGAUUCGCCGGCAUUAGCGGCGAUGAAGGCUGUGUUCCGCUCCAAUUUGAAGCGGCAAUCGUCGAUGGUGCUUGUGCGCGAAGUGCCCUUGCCGCAAGGCCAUGCGUGCAAGUCGACUUCGUAUCAAUGCUCAGGGUUGAUGGGGAGAAUUCCUGUCCAGACGUGGUCUUUUGUGGGGGUGUUGAGUGAGGAAGCAAAGAUGGGGUUCAUUGUCACGUUCGUGAGUUCGGAGUGGGCGGUUGGAAGGAGGAAAGUGAGGCGUAGUGAUGUGUUUGACGAGUUUAAUUCGCUCGCGUUGUAUGUAUGGAAAUCGAUUUUGGUAGAGUCUCUUUAGAGCCUUCAGUGCUAUA